UGUGUUCCGCUUCCCAACGGGCAACGCGAUAACCAAACAUCGCCCGCCGCCGCCACCCUCCCCCAUGUAAUAAAACCACCUUUCGUUAAGGACUUUCAACAUGAUACAUAGCGAACUCAAAUCCUCCUUAUGGAAGGUUCUACUCUGAGCUUCCCACAUUGACUUUUUCUUCACAACCGAUAAAUUAGUAGUCUAUCUGGUGUGAAGUGUGUGUGCAAACGGAUGUGGCCAUGAGAAGCAAGUUGAGGAUUUUAUUUGGAGCUUCAAAAGGGGCUGAGAACAACGGAGUCCGUCUGGCUCUCGGAGGCGAAUCCCUUCACGGAUAUGUUUCUCUCUCUUUCUGUCGCCCAGAACACGGCACUGGCGUCGAUGGCUCUGCCACGGGUUACCUGCUGGAGGUGACCUUCGAGGGUAGGCACUGUCAGCAUAGGAAGAAGAUCACAGCCCUGCUAAUCUUUCCUACAAAGGCGAGUUAUUUAAUGUUAUUAGCCUGUUACCCCCAGCGAUAAUGACGCAGAGGCAGGAACGACUCAAGUUUCUUCGCGUAACACACACCGUUUGUAUUUCGGACUCCGAGUCAACUCAACACUUAGAGCCUGGAAAAAUUCUCGUCCCCUUCCGCUUUGUCAUUCCCAACAGCAUCUACGGUGUUAAUAAGAAUGCUUAUAUCGGUGACCGCGAGGAAUCACUUCCUCCCUCGCUCUCCCUAGUUUCCGACACAGUGCAUAGCGAAAAAAACUUCUUCGUAAGGGGUGAAUGCAACAUUUCCUAUUGCGUCCGUGGGCGGCUCACCACCAAUACUGGGAAGCCGUGUGGAGAGACAUUCCGCCGUGUGCAUUUCAUCCCAACUCGGGAUCAACCACUGCCUCCCCUGUGCACCACGGACUUUGCAACUGAAUAUGUCUUAGGCUCUUCGCAGAGGAUAGGUCUGUUUCACGUUCUCCAGUCCAAAAGUAGCUGUGAACUUUCUAUCCAUACUGAGGAGCCCUGCCCCUUGCGAUUCCCCUGCGAGAAGACGGCGUCCACGACCAUCUAUUUACACCUACGGUACCUCUACCCGUCCCCUCUAGGGACCUAUUCACCGGAAAACUGUCCCUGUCCCCAACCAGACGUAUCUCUUGUCGUGCGGACGACCUUGGAGGCCGUGACGUUCUUCUCGACGGUCCCACGGAACAGACUUCCGAAAUGGACGGAUGUAGAGCCAGGGCAAGAGGUGGUGAAGAAGACAACCUUAGGGCCGACACAGACACGAAAAUUGGGGGUUUUGACCUGGGUGCCUCUUAUCCAGGUCUAUAAUAACGCGGAAUGUUAUAUUGUGAACGAGCAAUACAAAUACGGAAACCUGGUCGGAUGGCAAUCAAAUGUGCCCUUAGUCUUCACGUACGAAGGGGAUGAGCGCCCUAUCCCAACGUUUGCUUGUACAUACGCGUCCAGGAGACACGUCUUGUCAAUGCGAGUACGAUUAAAGCACCAUAGUGCUACGUACCGCCUUUGCAUCCCGGUGCAAGUCAUUUAUAGCUCGAAUGGGCUGGGGGCCACAUGUGAAUCUUUAGCGGAAGAGUCCACGGCCUGCAGACUCCCAAUGUAUACUGAGUAGAACUUACUCCGACUAACAUAUGAGCACAUGCUUUUCUCUUUCAGAGAACCUCAGGCAUUAAAGAUACCAGCUAGCUGCCAAUCCUAAU